AGUAGAGAUCAGACCAGAGGUCAGAGAACAGCAUAUUGUAUAUAGCCGUGGAAGCUGGACACUAAAGAAAGGGGAUUAUAAGAGGACGCACCACAUAGGAGAAUUCAAGAUCCUAGAGAAAUCAAUGUAACAAAGAAUAUGGGGAAUAAAAAACAUGUAUUUUCCAUGUAUUAUAUUUUGGCUUUAGUUUUGAUUGAUUCCCAGCUGUGGAGCAGUUCUGUCUGUGAACGGCUCCCUGGAUAUAAGAUAGAUACAAGUCCAUCGGUGACGGUGCACCGAGGUCUCUGUGUCCAUGUUCCAUGCUUGUUUACCGUGCCCAGAGAUGUACAGUUAUCUAUAUCUACCACUGGUGAAUGGUAUACAGUCUUCAAUGAUUAUGGAAUUACUAUUGCUUUUAAAAAUAAUCUUAAACAUCAGUCAUAUAAUGGACGCUUCUUUCUGACCGGAAAUGUGUCCAGCGGAGACUGCUCAUAUUCCAUAGAAGACCCAUUGCCUGCAGAUGAGGGAAUAUAUUUUUUUAGAGUUGAAGAUUAUCCCAUACAGUUCACCUAUCAGGAUAUCCAGCCUCAUGUGAAUGUAACCGACCUCACAGAUAAACCUAUCAUCUCCUCUACAAGGCUGGUGAAUGGGGAGGAGGUGACUUGGACCUGUACAAGUCCUGGUAGAUGCCGGAUGAUAAGACCACAGAUUACAUGGGAAGGACCCAUGACUGGUAUAAGACAGAAGAAGUAUGAUGUCACCUAUGGAGAUGGCAGCAGAACCGUCCAUUCCAAUAUCACAUUCACCCCAAGGAAGUCACACAACAAUUCUCCAUUAUUCUGUAGAGUGACCUUCAAACCAGGCGUGACCACAGUGAAGAAGAGGACGCUGAAUGUUGAACAUUCCCCAUCUAUGAAAAUCACCAUGGAAGGUGCUGAUACUGAUGAUAUCACCGCUGUGAAUGUGACGGACGGGGAUUCUAUAACUAUGAAGUGCAUUGUAGACAGUAACCCAAAGGCUUCCAUUACUUGGUAUAAAGAAGACAUUGAGGUCCAGCGGACUAUAAGUGACCGGACUGUCACCCUUACACUCAGCAACAUUACCCAGAGUGAUGCUGGGAGAUAUCGGUGUUCUGCAGAGAAUGAACAUGGGGCCGCACACAGGACGGUAGAAAUCAUAUAUCACAGUAUCGAUUCACAUAAUUUUGGAGGAUCCAAACUCCUUAUCCUUUUUGCAAAGAUCGGACCAAUCUGCUUCCUGCUGGUGCUUGCAUUGCUGGUGUUUGCUUGCUGGAGAAAAAGACAGAAGAAGCCGACAAACAGUGAGACUGAUGACACAUAUACUGAUCUGAGGUUGUCGGGUAUUACAAGUAUUUAUGAUCAGCUGAAGCCCGAGAUCCCUGCAGCCGCCAAUGUUCUAGGACCUGAUCAUCAAGACUCCUUGUGGAGAAAAGGCACUACAUGGGAGUUGCUCGCACAGCUCUAGAGGCAGCCGACAUUGGCGUAGGGCUGGCACAUUUUGAGCCUGCAUCCACAGCAUCAGUGGAAUUGCCAUUUCCUGAUUUUACCAUGAUAGAAGCAGAUCUGGCCCUGCCAGUUCUUGUGGAGUUUUUGGCUGUACAUUGCAUCUGCUCUUUAGUGCCACCAUGGUCACCACCCUUCUCCUCUGACUUUUUUCACCUCCUCAGCACCUAGUUUCACC